GAUAAAAAUGUUUUGUAUAUGCUACAGUAUAAGUGUAUAGUGUGUAUGUUUUACAAUAUGUUUCAUAUUUUAAAAAAAAUUGUUUUAGGCUGGGCGCGUUUUAUUAGUUUGGUGUAAUGGUUGGAAAAGGAUUAUAUAUACGUAUGCUUGGCAACCCGUUCAACCGGAAGUCGGAAUUUCACCCAUCGGUUGUUUGUGACUGCUGCUUUCGAGCGUGUUGACACAGAAACUUGCAGCUGUUUAAAGGCUCCUGAUUCCAACAUGGCGGAGGAAGACGACGAUCCCGGCUUUGAUGAGGAGUUGGAUGAAGGGGGAAACGGUGCAGACGCGGGUCACGGCAGAAGGAAGAGACUGUUCUCGAAAGAGCUUCGUUGUAUGAUGUAUGGCUUCGGCGACGACCAGAAUCCGUACACAGAGUCCGUGGAUAUUCUGGAGGACCUGGUGAUCGAGUUCAUCACGGAGAUGACCCAUAAAGCCAUGUCCAUCGGACGCCAAGGCCGCGUUCAGGUGGAGGACAUCGUCUUCCUCAUCCGGAAAGACCCGAGAAAGUUUGCGAGGGUGAAAGAUCUGCUGACGAUGAAUGAGGAGCUCAAGAGAGCCAGAAAAGCCUUUGAUGAAGCCAACUACGGGUCCUGAACUGUCAUAUACAGUGCUGUAAGCAGCUUCGUCAAACUGACUGCAAGGAUGAACAUGCUGCAGGAGCAUGUGUGCUGAGUUCAUUGGAAACUUUACUUUUUAUGUAUUUUUAUACUUUUGCAUAAACUGUAUACUUGAAAUAAUCAAACAUUUAUCAUAUUAGUUCAUAAGUGAACCGCAUAGAUAUUAGUGUAAAGUAAGUUGACCAAUAAAACAUGUAUGAAGUACUGAACAAA